AUGACUGAUAAGGACGACUUCAACGCUGCUGCAAACAUAGUGAUACCUAUUGAGAACCCCGAAGGUUCUCGAAGCAUGAUAGACAUCCAAAAUGAAGAGAAAAUGGCUCACAUACCCGUAUAUGCCGUUGGGGCUCCUACCUUCACUAAGCCAGUUGUGGUUAAUGUUCCAUACGAGGUCGAUCAAUAUGAAGAAAUGGAGAAAGAUGCUCGGUUGAAAGAAGAUGCAUCGAUAAAUGCCCAGCUUCAGGGUUUGAGAAAAGCAUUGAAAAGCUUACAAGUCACUAGAGGGACAGAGAGUCUGGAUUAUGAUGACUUGUGCAUCCAUCCAGACAUUGACAUGCCGGUAGGGUACAAACCUCCGAAGUUUGACAUGUUCGAUGGAAAGGGUGACCCUCACGCACAUUUAAGGGCAUACUGUGACAAGUUAGUCGGCGUAGGGAGAAAUGAGAAGUUAAGGAUGAAGUUGUUCAUUCGAAGUCUGUCUGGAGAAGCAUUAACCUGGUAUACCCGCCAAGACCCUCGCAAAUGGCGUGACUGGCAGGAAAUGGCCGAGGACUUCAUGACUCGUUUCAGAUUCAAUACUGAAAUUAUUGCUGACAGAUUCUCAUUGGCCAAUAUACAGAAGAAGCCAUCUGAGAAUUUCCAGGAAUAUGCACGACGUUGGAGAACUGAGGGCGCGAGCGUGCAACCACCACUAGAUGAGAGUGAGCUCUCGAAGUACUUUAUUCGAGCUCAAGAAGGUAUCUACUUUGACAAGAUGAUGUCAAUGAUGGGUCAGAAGUUUGCAGAAUUGAUCAAGAUGGGAGACUUUAUAGAGGAGGGUGUUAAAUCUGGGAAGAUUCAGUCUAUGGUCGCAUUGCAAGCUGCAAGUAGGGCUAUACAAUCGGGUUCCAUUGGCGGCAUCAAAAAGAAAAGGGAGGAUGUUUCAGCUAUCACAUACCAACCAGGAGGACCAUCUCACCGAUACCCCAAUAAUCCCGAAAUCGCUGCCCAUACUUCAUACGUCCCAGUGUAUAAUACCCAAUCACACUAUAAUCCACCCCGAGCACCAGCAUACCAAAACCCUCCAAGACCAUAUGUCCCUGUCCAAGCACCAAUCCACCAAAAUAGACUAGCAUAUGCACCGAGACCACGUCCAAACCCUGAAGCUAGGAAUGCUCGAGCUUAUACACCGAUUGCUGAACCCUAUGCUCAAUUGUUUGAGAGGUUGAGGACAGCGGGAGUGCUGCAACCAGUUGAAGGAAAACUUCCUGAUCCAAUCCCUCGUAAUUUUGAUGGAAACAAGCGAUGUGCUUACCACUCGGGAGUCCAAGGACACGACACAGAAGAUUGUUAUGGUUUGAAGAACCAGAUCGAGUCUUUGAUCAGGAGAGGAGUAAUCAAAUGCACUCCAGCACCUCCCAAUGUGAACAACAAUCCCUUGCCAAACCAUGAGAAUCGGGAAGUCAACAUAGUUACUCUGGAUGACGAAUAUGGGACCCCCGACUAUCCAAACAUAGAUGAAGCGGAUGCCAUGACAUCUUCGGCACAACCUGUUAUCACCGUUCAACUAAGGGAACCUCUGACUGUCCAAACAUAUCUCCCAAGAGUUGUAGUGACCACUCUAAUUGCUAAGAAGCCUGAGUAUGACACCAAAGCAGUCCCAUGGGACUAUCGAGCAGACGCCAAGGGCAAGAUGAUUGACACUGCCGUGGCUCAAGGGAUGACUAGGUCGGGGAGGUGCUAUGCCCCAGAGAACAUAAAUCAAAGAGCUCUCGGAAAAGAACAUAAUCCAAAGAAGAAUGUUACCGAUGCUGAAGCCACAGAGUUUUGGAAGAAGAUGCAGUCUAAACACUAUUCGAUUGAAGAACAGUUGAAGAAGACGCCAGCCCACAUAUCCAUUUGGUCUUUGCUUAUGAGUUCUGAAGCUCAUAGGAAUGCUUUGAUGAAGGUGUUAAGCGGAGUGAUCAUUUCAAAAGAGACUACAAGUGAGACCUUAGCUGCAACGAUUGGAAGAAUAGUGGAAGCUAAUAAGAUUUCUUUCCACGAUGAUGAGUUGCCUGCAGAAGGGGUUGGUCACAACAAAGUGCUUCACAUCGCAGUCAAAUGUUGUGAUAAAAUUGUGACUAGAAUUUUAAUUGAUGGUGGUUCUGGAUGCAACAUCUGUCCUUUCACCACUUUUGAGGGAUUUAGGCGUUAA